UCAACACAACAUGCCACCAAAAAAGUCCAACCUGUCACGCCGCUCUGCCAGCUUAAGAAGGCAAUCUUCCACUCUCUUGGAAGAGACAGAAGAACGGCGUCAGAAACGCCGACAAGAUCUCCGUGCACGAGCAGCUUCAAGGAGAGCAAUUGAAACACCAGAACAACGUCAGAAACGCCUACAAGACCUCUGUGCACGAGCAGCAAAGAGGAUAACAGCUGAAACACUAGAACACCGUCAGAAACGCCGACAAGACCUCUGUGAACGAGCAUCAAAGAGGAGAGCAUCUGAAACACCAGAACAGAAUGACGUACGGAUUGAGGGUGUUCGCACACGAGCAACUGCAAAGGGAGCGGCUCAGCCAGACGAAGAAAGGGAGACUGAGGUACGAGAACGUCAUCUGCGUACGUCAAUUGGAUCAGCGUCAUUGCACUCCAGCACGUGACAUACUCUUUGAAGCAUUGAAGAUCUCCGGUGCUGCAUUCAAUUACGACUCAUCUCUUGAUUAUUCAAUUGCGGCGCAGAUUGGAUCGAUGUCUCA